AUGGACCUAGAUGGUAACAGCGGAAGUGAGCUGUCCGAGGUUCUAGAUGAUCAGGAAUUGCGAAGAAUGCAAGUAGAGUUGGAGAAUAAUGACGAAGCUGAAAAGAAUACAAAUCAGGAAACCAAAAAGACACGGCAAUCCAAGCAUACAGCCCAAGUUUCCGGCCUUACAGACAGGAAAAAGAAGGCGCAGGAAAUCGAAGAACCACAACUACAAACACUAAGAAAGCUCUACUUUGGGCCUUCCAUUCCGGAUCAAAGCACAUCUAAUAACCCCAACCCCAGACCGUCUACGACUGGCAGCAAAAAGCGGAAACACGACGAUGAGGACGGGAAGAACGACGACCGAAAGUAUCACGAGGAAAGGCCUUCCGGGAAGGGAAAGCAAAGAGCAGAAGGGAGCUUCUCUACAAAAUACAAUCUCCGGGAUCGAUCUCGACAAGUACCCGGCGAAGUAUGGUGUCCCGAUUUUAAAUAUUGGGUAAAUCCGUGUUGGGAAUUUGGGCCAGAGCUUACGACCCAAGAUGUGAUACGGAGGCUAGGUCGUCGUCUAUGA